UUCAAAUUGUCUGAUACAAUUUUGUGGGUCGACAGAAAAGCUGCCCAAUUUAUGGGUAAUCUGAGACAAAUCAGAAAGAGAAAAUGGCACAUGAAUAUUUACGAGGCCUUCGGGGGCCAGUUUGCUCCCGAAGUGGCAGCAGAGCCUGAGGAGAGGGAUGCAGAGGAGAGUGCCACUGGGCAGCUAUCUGCCCAGUAGAGGCGUGUGAGUAGUUAUCUGAAGAGCGGCUACAGAGCAGCUGCUGUUUACCCUGUGAGGAGGAAGUAUAGGCAGAUGACGUUGUAUUGUGUGGCUUAAAAUGAGCGUGACAGCGUGUUGAUGCUUACAAGGGGAGCCACUAGAGGGCGCCCGUUGAUCAUGAGACCAGAAAGAACAUGGUGGCCCCCUGUUGCCAUGGUAACCAAACGAACAUGGCGGCAUACCAUGUGACCCCUCUGAGCAUGGCGGUGGCCCAUCGCCAUAACAACGAUCUGAACCCAGUGGCGAUCCGUCGCCAUGUGGCUUGCCUGAACUUCCGGAAGAUGGCAGCGCCCUGUUACCGGUAUAGCUGCCAGAGCAUGGCGGGCAUGGAGACUGUCCGCGCAAGCUAGAAAAAUCACGCUGUGUGCCGGCGGGGCACAACGAACGUGACCUAGUGUGGAACGCGGGCGGUGAGAAGGUAUCAGAAGGUGGAGCAGAGCCGCCAGGAGGAGCCUGCAUCGCGGAAGGCGGAGGGGGAGACGAUCGCACAGCAGAAGAAAUCACUGUGAUUUUGGCUUGGUGGCCCUGUGGUAUUCAUUCCAGUCAUUAUUUGCUGAGUGACCAGUCAGAUGGGCACAAUAUGUUAUAGAAAUUGGCAGCAAGUAUCCAAUGGGUGAAGAAGAAGCUGACUGGGGAAGUGGGUAUCCCUGACGUGAUGUGCUCAGAAAGCGAAGACAUUCCAUUCAAAGAGAGGUCUGCUUGACACAUCGGGAGGCUAUCGUCAGAAAGACUGCCACUUGGUUGGUGGAAGGGGUGACGCUGCAUUCCCUUGUGCCUACCACAUAACCAAAAAUGAAGGAGAACUACUGUUUACAAGCCGCCCUGGUGUGCCUGAGCAUGCUGUGCCACAGCCAGGCAUUCGCCCUGGAGCGACGAAGCCACCUGCACCCCUCAUUCCAUGGGCACCACGAGAGAGGCAAGGAAGGGCAGGUGUUGCAGCGCUCUAAGAGAGGUUGGGUCUGGAACCAGUUCUUCGUGAUAGAGGAGUACACCGGGCCUGACCCCGUGCUUGUGGGCAGGCUUCAUUCUGAUCUUGACACUGGUGAUGGGAAGAUUAAAUACAUUCUCUCAGGUGAAGGAGCUGGAACCAUUUUUGUGAUUGACGACAAAUCAGGGAACAUUCACGCCACCAAGACGCUGGACCGAGAGGAAAAAGCUCAGUAUACACUGAUGGCUCAAGCAGUGGACAGGGAAACGAACCGACCACUGGAGCCGGCUUCCUCAUUCAUUGUCAAGGUCCAGGACAUUAAUGACAACCCGCCAGAGUUUCUACAUGAGAUCUAUUAUGCCAACGUGCCUGAAAGGUCCAAUGUGGGAACAUCGGUGAUUCAGGUGACAGCUUCUGAUGCAGAUGACCCCACCUAUGGGAACAGCGCCAAGUUAGUGUACAGCAUCCUUGAAGGACAGCCUUACUUCUCAGUGGAGGCGCAGACAGGUAUCAUCAGAACAGCCCUCCCCAACAUGGACAGAGAAGCCAAGGAGGAAUACCAUGUGGUGAUUCAGGCCAAGGACAUGGGUGGACACAUGGGUGGACUCUCAGGAACAACCAAAGUGAUGAUCACCCUGACUGAUGUCAAUGACAACCCACCAAAGUUUCCUCAGAGCGUGUACCAGAUGUCUGUGUCAGAAGCUGCUGUCCCUGGUGAGGAAGUGGGAAGAAUGAAAGCUAAAGACCCAGACAUUGGAGAAAAUGGAUUAGUCACGUACAAUAUUGUUGAUGGAGAUGGUAUGGAAUUGUUUGAAAUCACAACAGACUAUGAAACACAGGAGGGUGUGGUGAAGCUGAAAAAGCCUGUAGAUUUUGAAACCAAAAGAGCGUAUAAUUUGAAAGUAGAGGCUGCCAAUGUGCACUUCGAUCCGAAGUUCAUCAGCAAUGGACCUUUCAAGGACACUGUCACAGUCAAGAUUGCUGUGGAAGAUGUGGACGAGCCCCCCAUGUUCUUGGCUCCAAGUUAUAUCCACGAAGUCCAAGAAAAUGCAGCACCUGGCACUGUGGUUGGGAGAGUGCAUGCCAAAGAUCCUGAUGCUGCCAACAGCCCAAUAAGGUAUUCAAUUGAUCGUCACACUGACCUCGACAGGUUUUUCACUAUUAAUCUAGAGGAUGGUUUUAUUAAAACUACAAAACCUCUGGAUAGAGAAGAAACCGCCUGGCUCAACAUCUCUGUCUUUGCAGCAGAAAUCCACAACCGACAUCAGGAAACCAAAGUCCCAGUGGCCAUUAGAGUGCUUGAUGUCAAUGAUAAUGCUCCCAAGUUUGCUGCCCCCUAUGAAGGCUUCAUCUGUGAGAGUGAUCAGAUCAAACCCCUUUCCAACCAGCCAAUUGUUACAAUUAGCGCAGAAGACAAGGAUGACACUGCCAAUGGACCAAGAUUUAUCUUCAGCCUACCCCCUGAAAUCAUUCACAAUCCAAAUUUCACAGUCAGAGACAACAGAGAUAACACAGCAGGUGUCUAUGCCCGGCGUGGAGGCUUCAGUCGGCAGAAGCAGGACUUAUACCUCUUGCCCAUAGUUAUCAGUGAUGGUGGCAUUCCACCCAUGAGUAGUACCAACACCCUCACCAUCAAAGUCUGUGGGUGCGACGUGAAUGGCGUGCUGCUGUCCUGUAAUGCUGAGGCCUACAUCCUGAAUGCUGGUCUGAGCACAGGCGCACUCAUCGCCAUCCUUGCCUGCAUCGUCAUUCUCCUGGUCAUUGUAGUCUUGUUUGUGACAUUGAGAAGGCAAAAGAAAGAACCACUCAUCGUUUUUGAGGAAGAAGAUGUCCGUGAGAACAUCAUUACUUAUGAUGAUGAAGGAGGUGGUGAGGAAGACACAGAAGCCUUUGAUAUCGCCACCCUCCAGAACCCUGAUGGUAUCAAUGGCUUUAUCCCCCGCAAAGACAUCAAACCUGAGUACCAGUACAUGCCUAGACCUGGGCUCCGGCCAGCACCCAACAGCGUGGAUGUGGACGACUUCAUCAACACCAGGAUACAGGAGGCAGAUAAUGACCCCACCGCCCCGCCCUAUGACUCCAUCCAGAUCUAUGGCUAUGAGGGCAGGGGCUCCGUGGCUGGGUCCCUGAGCUCCUUAGAGUCUGCCACCACAGAUUCAGACUUGGACUAUGACUAUCUACAGAACUGGGGACCUCGUUUUAAGAAAUUAGCAGACUUGUAUGGUUCCAAAGACACUUUUGAUGAUGAUUCUUAACAAUAAAGAUACAAAUUUGGCCUUAAAGAACUGUGUCUGGCGUUCUCAAGAAUCUAGAAGAUGUGUAAACAGGUAUUUUUUUAAAUCAAGGGAAGGCUCAUUUAAAACAAGCAAAGUUUUACAGAGAGGAUACAUUUAAUAAAACUGCAAGGACAUCAAAGUGGUAAAUACUGUGAAGUAUCUUUUCCCGCAUAAAGGAAAAUAUUGAAGUUGUUUGUCAACUUCACUAGAGAAAAACCACUUGGCAUACAAAAUAUUAAAGUGAAGGAGAAUUCUAACGGUGAACUCACAAUGAAGGGAAAUCGUUUGUGCGUUAUGAACAUCUAAGUCUUUCUUCUUCUUCUUCUUUUUAAUUUGUCAAAGAAGCUUCCACAAAAUUAGAAAGGACAACAGUUCUGAGCUGUAAUUUCGCCUUAAACUAUGGACACUCUAUAUGUAGUGCAUUUUUAAACUUGAAAUAUAUAAUAUUCAGCCAGCUUAAACCCAUACAAUGUAUGUACAAUACAAUGUACAAUUAUGUCUCUUGAGCAUCAAUCUUGUUACUGCUGAUUCUUGUAAAUCUUUUUGCUUCUACUUUCAUCUUAAACUAAUACGUGCCAGAUAUAACUGUCUUGUUUCAGUGAGAAGCGCCCUAUUUCUAUGUCAUUUUUAAUGUAUCUAUUUGUACAAUUUUAAAGUUCUUAUUUUAGUAUACAUGCAAAUAUCAGUAUUCUGACAUGUAAGAAAAUGUUACAGCAUCACACUUAUAUUUUAUGAACAUUGUACUGUUGCUUUAAUAUGAGCUUCAAUAUAAGAAGCAAUCUUUGAAAUAAAAAAAGAUUUUUUUAAUUCUGGGUUUGAUUCUUAACAUUGAAAAAAUUAAGGAUUUAUAAUGAUCCAUUUAUAUUUCUAAUUUAAUUGUGAUCUUUGGUAAUCCUAUUUAUGAUCUGUUAUAGUCUGUCUGUUGCUUUGGUUGCUUAUUUAAAAUCAAAUAUAUUUGAUAAAUGUUUUUUUUUUUUCUCAGACAAGAUUCUGUAACGUCAUGUAAACCAUGUUUGUAAGCUCUUGGUGUUAGCCUCCUGGCUUGUUUUUGCACAUCUCUUCUAGAGAAGAAGGAUGCUAGGCAUGUAGAUCACUCUAUGAUUUUGCAAUAUGUUAUAUAACAUGCAUUUAUCUUAUAUAUCAAUACUGCCCUAUUUAUGAGAGAUGAAUCCAUGAGGGAAUGGAGGCUAUCAGAGUUCUUAAUGUUUGAGGUGUAGAUUUCAUGCCCCACCUGGAACAUUUGGGAGUUGUAAGGAAGAGUAACAUGUCAAAAUAUUAAUUUUCCCCUCGAUUCCAAUAUUAUUCUUUUUUUCUUUAUAUUGUUCGUACUAGGGUGUUGUAGGACUCCGACAGUAGAAACUGCUCAUUUCCCCUCCUGUUAUUUUUACUUAAAGUGAGGUGGCAUUUUAAGUUUUGAUAAGAGAAAGAGAACUUCACUUUAAAAAUUUUGUUUUCAAAUAUGCUUUGAGCUGUAAGCUUCAAAUGAAAGCAGGGAUAAUGUUGCAUUUGGAGGGUUAAUUCCAUUUGAAUUGCUGAUAUGGCAGGGUCAUCUGAAAUCCAGUCUUGCUUCCCAUGGACUAGGACUAUGUAAAGGAGAUUUUACUUGUAUAGUUGGGCCAAAGGUCAAAACAUAGCAAUACUUGGGGAAAGAUCACAGAAAAUCAUGCUGUAAGCGCUUUCCCUCUUUCCCCCUAAACACUACAGGGCACAUGUUUUUUUCUUGGAUUACCGACAGUUUUUAGAUUAUCUUCUUCUUUUUCUUACUUUUUGUGAAAGUUUGUUUCAAGCAUUUCUCGGUACCUUGUUAUAUACUAUUUUUAUGAUUCAGUCAAAAUGCAUACAAAGAGAAAUGUUUUAUGAAGUGCUCACUUCCGUUUUUCUUUGCAUUUAAAUCAAACUGGCUGAACACUUCAAUAGAAUCAAUUCUGUGGACAAUGUCACUUCAGAAUCUUUCACUGCAGUGAAGAUUUGCACAUUCUCAAUAGUUCCAUAAUUGCAGGUUGUGUUCAAUUUUUAUAUAGUUUUUGUAAUCCAAAGAAUAUUUUGCUAGAUUUGCACAGAUCUCCAAAUAAAUUUGAAAUGAAGAAAUAGCUCAAAAGGAAUAGAAAUAGCACUUGAACAAGUCUGCCGCUGUAAGUAACCCUAUCACCAUGAAUGAUCCUUUUUUCUAGGAAUGUAUUUGCAAUAGAGUGACAACUACAUUUUCACGUUUUUAUGUCAAAGUUUUUUUUAAAGGCUGUCUACUUUUCAAUAGUUAAAGAUACUUGUUUUUUUUCUUUUUACCUUUUUUUUUUACUUUAAGACUCUAUUGUUUGUAGAAACAUCUUAGAAGCUUGAAAAUAAAAUGUCUUUCCCGA